GGGCUCGCCGCUUUCGCAUCGUCCCCUUCCUCCCGUCGCUCCUCCCCCAAUUCAGAGCUCCGCCGAUUCGGCCGCAGCAGCCGCCCCCCCAAGACCUCCCCUGCGCGGCCAUCAGCCGAAUCCCGCGCCCUGUUUCCCGUGAUUCGGAGGACGCUUCCUAGCUGAGUGGGAAGAAAUGGAAGGCGUGGUUGUGAGGAGAGUCAUCCCUUCAGACAACAGCUGCCUCUUCAAUGCCAUCGGUUAUGUGAUGGAACACAACAGAAAUAAGGCUUAUGAGCUCAGACAGGUCAUAGCAGCAGCAGUUGCAAGUGAUCCUGAAAAGUAUAAUGAAGUAUUUCUUGGAAAACCAAAUGAAGCAUAUUGUGCUUGGAUUUUGGAUUCUGAAAAGUGGGGAGGUGCCAUAGAACUUUCAAUUCUGUCAGAAUAUUAUGGGCGUGAAAUUGCUGCAUAUGACAUCCAGACAACACGCUGCGAUCUGUAUGGUCAGGAGAAGAACUACGGUGAGAGGGCCAUGCUCAUUUAUGAUGGGUUGCAUUAUGAUGCUUUAGCAAUGUCUCCAUUUGAAGGAGCACCAGAAGAAUUUGAUCAGACCAUAUACCCUGUUGACCGUAACCGUUCCAUUGGUCCAGUAGAGGGCCUUGCUCUUAACUUAGCAAAGGAGGCAAAUAGGAAGAGAAGCUACACAGACACUGGAAGCUUCACAUUGCGCUGCGGCGUGUGCCAAAUCGGUGUCGUUGGUCAAAAGGAAGCUGUCGAGCAUGCGCAGGCCACUGGCCAUGUCAAUUUCCAAGAAUACAAAUGACCGUAGAAGAUAUAUACUAGUUCUGUUGUUGUACACUCAUUUGUUCCAUUUAUUUUCUUCUCGGGCCGGAUAUGGUACAUCGUGUUGUAAAAACAUUAAUCUGUUACAGAGUAAAUUUAAUAAGCUCCAGUUUGGAUGUUGA